UGCCGACAAAAUUUGGCCUUCACCUUUUGUCGUCAAGAAACAAGAUGUAACUGAAAGUGAAAAGUGGAUAAAAAGUUUGAAAAUGGCGACGUCGUAAGAUUUUUACGCCUUUCUUACCCAACACAUGAUUCAUGAGGCAAUAAUUUAGCCUUUUUGGGGUGCAAAUGGGUUUUUGAUGUGUGUAGAGGAUGACGAAGAACCACUUUGCUGUGCUGGGGUUAAAGGUUGGGGCCAGUGAAGAGGAGAUCAGAAAGUCUUACAAGUCCCUGGCCAAAAAGUACCACCCCGACAAAAACAAGGAGUCAGGAGCAGAGGAAAAGUUUAAAGAGAUUGCAGCUGCUUACGAGUGUUUGAAGAAUCAAGACAGACGAGAGAUCUUAGAAAGAGAUUUGAAUAGAUCGAAAGAACAGAAAUCUACAAAAGUACCUCCUGGUGGAUUUUCAACCAAAGAAGACAAGUCCAACAAAGAUGACUCAGCAUAUUCCAAUAAAUACAAGGGAACCAGAUUCAAGACCCGUUUUGACUUCAGUGAACCAAAUGACUUUUCAUGGUCCCACACAGAGACAAAAGAAACAAAAGGAAGGAAGAAGACACAAACCCACAAGCCUCGGCGGAAACCAUGGAACCAGAACUGGAAUGAAGCAGACGAAGACUUCUCUCCAGGGUUUGGUGAUGAUGACAGUGGUUCAUUUUCGUUUGCCUUCAAGACAUUUGUAGACGACUUGGACUCUCAUUUCUCCAUGUAUUUCACCUCAUCUGCUCCGUUUGAGUUUUCUGCGUUCUAUGGAAAUAAAGAUGAUCCAUUUGCACAAUUCUUCUCCAGUUCUGAUAAUACAGGUGAAUACUCCAAAAAGAAAGAGAAGAACAGAAAGCGAAAUGUUGCAGAUGAGUAUGGAUUUGAUGAAGGCAUUAAUGAAGAAUAUUUGUUUUCUCCUCGGCAAGGAAAGUCCCAGAUGUACGAUGGUUUGUCAGACACGGAUGAUGAGCCAACUUUCAGGUUUAGCAUGUCGGAGUCCGAAUCCGAUCCAGGGUUUGGCUUUUACAAGUUUGAUGACUAUGAGGAGACCAGAUUUAAGUGCUCUUUUUGUGGGAAGAUGUUGAAGAUUGAUACUUUGAAAACUCAUGAACCUGCCUGUGGACGCCGGCGCAAGAAAGAAGUGAACAUUGACAGUGAUGAUGAGUACUUUGAUGCUAAUGGUUACUCAUCGAAGUUUGGCCCGUCCAAAGUACCUGGGGAUUGGAGAGGCACCCACGAAGAACUCCUUAGACACAUCCGUCGACAACGCAGAGCUUCCAAGUCCAAGAAACGAGAAGAGGAACUUAAAAGUGAUCUGGAAACGGUAGUGUGUAAAUGGUGUGGAAGAUCUUUCAGUAGGAAGGCUGCAGAACGUCACGUACCUUUCUGUGAGAAAUGGACAAAAGAUCACGGCCGACCUCAGAGUCCUACGUUUAUGUACAACACUAAAAGCAAGGCAGACCGAGCUAGAGAGUAUUCAAAGAAAAUUCCCAAACCCAGAAGGCAAAAAACACCUCAUGAAGAAAAGGAAAACGAGUCGCCUCCUACCACCACCAGGAGCCGACCCACCAGCUUCCCUGACCUGAAUGACACCAGGCCAAGUACAAAAGAGAAACCUUUCCCAACAUCUAGCACAGGGCUACAUGCCUCCACUCCUCGGUCUACUUACACCCCAAGAUCCACAAGUCAGACUCCAAAAUUCAAAUCAGACUCUGAAGCCAGACAGGGAACUACCACUGGAGCCUACUUUGGAGUGUCUGGUUCUCGAUUUGGUGGCAGCAGUACAAAGUAUGGAGGAGGGCUUAAAGGAUCCGCAGUUCAUGGAACAGGGUACAAAGGGUCAAAUACAAAGGGGACAGGAAUCUAUCACAAACCAACCACUGUGAAGUUUGCUACUUAGGUUUGGAAUUUCUCCUGUAUUUUUACCAGUGAUAUUACUUGUAUCAAUACUUGUUGUUUCAUUCUUCAGUUUGACUUUGAUUCUUCAGUUUGACAAACUUGCAAACAUAUUGAUGAAGAAAAAUUAAUAAACAGAAGAGGAAUAUAUAUGAAAAACUGCCAUAUGGAUGGUUAGUUAUUGUUAGUAGGUCAGUUCCUCAGAUGAAGGUUUUUUUAUGAAUACAUGUACAUGAGAUUGAAUGCCAGACCUUUUUUCCACAAAGAUAUUUGUAAUUUUUCACAGAUUAAUCAAACAUGAAUCUGUGUGUCAAGUACUUGCCUAUUUUGCUGUUUAAAAAAAUCACAGUGUGUUUUAAUUUGUGGUCACUGCAUGUUUUUAUGUCUUUAAGAAUGUGACUGAAGAUAUAUACAUUCAUCGGGUGAAUUUUUCUUUGUAUAAUUGCCACAUGAUAUACAAAUUGUUUGCCUUGAAAAGUAAUAUUUUAUCUCCAAAUUAUACUUUUGUAUACAUAUAGACAGAAAA